AUGCCCUCUAGAUCCAAAGAGUACUCCAUUCCGCUUCACAUCUUUGUCCCGCAAAGCCUGUACGACAGUGCACCAGCCGAAGGGGCGCCUGUCCUCGUCGACUUCCACGGAGGCGGAUUCUACCUCGGAUCAUGCUUGGAGCAAGCGCCUUUCUGCGCGUACAUGGCGAGGCAGCUGGACAGCAUUGUGAUCAGCGUCGAUUAUCGAAUGGGUCCCUUCCAUCGUUUCCCCGCUGCCAUUGAGGACGGUGAGGACGUGCUCAGCGCUAUCCUCGAUGACGACUUUCCGGGCUACAAACCUCUCCGCCAAGCCAUCUCUGCGAGGAUAGCAUCCGAGAAGGCAAAGAUCGCAAAGAGCGGAGCCGCAGCGAUCAACGAGCAACAUAGACGAGAGCUGCAAGACGGUACAAUAGAACAGAUCCAAGUGCCUUCAACGAAUACUUCGACGGGCUCCGAAACGACUCUCUUUGGCUUUGACGCAGCCAAAGUGGCCGUGUCAGGCUUCAGCUCCGGCGGCAACCUAGCACUCAACCUCGCGCUCCACAUCAAGCCUCCUGAACUCGACGUCGAGUGGCCGAGCAAGUUCGCACGCGACCAUCCAGCCCCUAUCCCACUCCUUCUCUUCUACCCAUCCUUCGACCUUCGCCAGCUCCCCUCUCAGCGGUCUCGCCCAGAACACAUGGCGCUGCCCUCAGCAUUCUGGACACAAGUCGCCGACUCGCUCGCACCCACCUACGCCGACCGCGACCAGACGGAUCACCCGCGCGUAUCGCCCGGCUUGGCGUCGCUCGACUCACUCCAUCCGGCUGCACGUGUGUUUCUGGUGCUGUGCGAAAUGGACACACUGGCAGAACAGUCCAAGGAGUGGGUGGACAAGGUGCAGGCACACGACAGGACCGAGCACCUGGUCGUUGAAGACGUGGCGAACAUGAAGCACGGCUGGACACAGAUGCCCGACGGUUGGCUGUCCGAGGAGGAGAAGCAGGCCAAGGAGGCCGUGUUCACGAAAGCCACGGCCUUUGUCGAAUGGGCUUGGAAUGGGUCUCUGAAGGAGGACAAGCCGGAGUCGGAGGUGGUUGUGCCACAGAAGGAUACGGGCGAAGCCCAGACUGCCGAAUUGUCGCGGUGA